GGAGCGAUGGCAGAGUAUUGCGCAGUAUAGACUGCUGUUCCUUGUUAUCUUUUAAUUUGCUGUAUGUAUAUGAUUUAUUCUACAGCACUUCAUUUCAGGAAUACACUUUCUUCAACGGCCAAUGGCAAAAACCUUUAUGAGUCAUUAUUGCUUCAGUUAAAGUAUUUCAAGGAAGAAUGUCUGAAAGUUGUACGAUUAACGGUCUCGAAGACUUGAACUGAACCUGUCAUGUCGCGGCUUGUCUUCAAACGGUAUUCUUCUACCAUCACCGUCAAGUCCACGCCUUCCAAAGCUCACCAUCAUCAACCGAUACCAGUUUCAUCGUUCCCUUCUGGUUAUCUACUCACUGGUGUUCAUGCUGGAGUAAAGAAAAAGGCGGGUGCUUUGGACGUUGGUGUAAUCCUUUCAACUUCAGAACGUCCAACGUCGGCUGCAGCAUGCUUUACGCGGAAUGCCUUCAAAGCUGCGCCAGUCAUUAUAUCGGAAAAGAUACUGGGGGAAAAUGUUGGCAGAGCUCGAGCUGUGGUGGUUAAUAGUGGAUGCGCUAACGCAGUAACAGGAGCUCAAGGAAUCGAGGAUGCUUGGGCUAUGGCCAAGGAGACCGAUGCUCUUCUCCCUUCAAACUCUUCCGCUUCGCCUCCCACCACUUCCCAAACCCUUGUAAUGUCCACCGGUGUCAUUGGCCAGAAUCUCCCUAUAUCCAAAAUUCUCUCAGCCAUCCGUUCUCAACGCGACGGAAGCCAGCAGACACUUGGCAAUGAUUUCAAUGCUUGGGAACGUGCGGCAAAGGCAUUCAUGACUACGGACACGUUCCCAAAGCUCCGUGCGAGGAAAUUUAAUAUCAACGGUGUUGAAUACCGGAUGGCUGGAAUGGACAAGGGUGCAGGCAUGAUCCAUCCUGAUAUGGGUCCACCUGCGCUUGGACCUCUGCAUGCGACUCUGCUAGGAUGUAUCAUGACGGAUGCAGCCAUUUCACCCCGGAGCUUGCAGCGUGCGCUUACUUAUGCUGUUGAACGCAGUUUCAACUCGAUCAGCGUCGAUGGAGACAUGUCUACCAACGAUACGAUUCUACUUCUGGCUAAUGGAGCUGCCGCGGAGAAAGAUGGUGUCAAACUCAAAGAGAUCGAUGAAGGAACGGACAGGGAAGCCUUUGAGGUGUUCAAAAGAGAACUCACCGAUUUCACAAUCGACUUGGCCAAGCUCGUUGUCAGAGAUGGCGAAGGCGCAACCAAAUUUGUGACCGUCACUGUCAAGGGAGCUCCUACAUACAAAGACGCACAUCGAGUCGCUUCUCGCAUAUCCACCUCUGCUCUUGUAAAGACCGCACUCUAUGGCGAAGACGCAAAUUGGGGCCGUGUCCUUGCUGCAACUGGGUCAGUUCCCCUAAGCUCUCCUCUCCAUACAAACAAAGUCAGCGUCACUUUUGUCCCGUCCGAUGGAUCGCGUCCCCUCCCAGUUCUUAUCAAUGGCGAGCCUGAGAAGGUUGACGAAGCACGCGCAAGUGAGAUUCUGUCUCUAGAAGAUUUUGAGAUUUUAGUCGAUCUUGGAGGAGGAGAGGCAGUCGAGACAGCCCAGUAUUGGACGUGUGAUUUUAGCUAUGAGUAUGUCAGGAUCAAUGGGGAUUAUCGUAGUUAAAUGCUGAGGUCUGAAGGCGAUAUGUGUAUAUUGAUUCAGACAAUUGUACCAUCACAGUAUUAUUGCUUGGAGCGUAUCAAAUGUGGACAAUGAACAAAAGGAAGUGACUAUAGUCUAUUACUGUUACCAAUCCUCGAGUGGUCAUGUACUUCCGUGUCCUUCCACUGACUGACCAUCACUAGUUGUUUGCGCAAAGCCACUUUGACGUUGCACGUACGGAGUCUCCCUCUAUCCUAUCCUAUUUCAUGCUACGACGGUUGACCCUGAACCAUUGAAUCGCUCGAAUUUUGCCAGCUGAAGCUACGUGAGUUUACGAACGGCUAGCCUAAGUGUAAGAUAAGGAAAGAGGAAUGCGAAUGGUCAUC